CGAAAUUGUAGACAACAAGGCAACAGAACUUCAGCAACAUUCAAAGACGACAAGUACGCUUUCAUUGUAUUUUUUUCUAUAGCCUACACAAAAUGAAAUUCUUUAUGGUAUUCGCUGUUAUCUUUGCCUUGGCUAUCUGCCUGGCCUGCAGCUCAGUUUUACCCGCCAAGGAUGGUAAAUUUGUUGAUGGCGCCUUGGCUUUGAAGCAAUUGGAACCGGAAGUUCAUGCACGCUACAAGAGAGCCACCUGUGAUCUGUUGAGUGGUACCGGAGUCAAUCACUCGGCUUGUGCUGCCCACUGCGUGUUGCGUGGCAAUCGUGGAGGAUACUGCAACUCCAAGGCUGUUUGUGUCUGUCGCAAAUGAAAAAUUUCUACAAAUUGUUAUUAGUUGUAUAAAAUAUUCAGUAUUAUCUCACUAUUAAAGGAGCAUUAAAAAAAAAUAACAUUAAAAGAUU